GUACUUUCUGUUUUCCUGAUUCAAAUUAAACCCAGUAUUUCUUCCAAACCGCAGAUUUCUGCUGAUGGAUACGAAGUGGAGAAUCUCAUCUCUGAAGACCUUGCCAGGAGGAAUCGUGGUUUCCGCAGCGAGUACUUUAUCAAGCCUCCAGUCCACAUCACCAUCUCCUUCCCCUUCAACAUCGAGAUCUGCAGGAUCAAUAUUGACAUCUCCUCCGGAGGAUACCAAACCUUCACGGGCCUCGAAGUUUGCACCUCUACCUCAUGCAACAAAACAACUUGGCCGAGUCCCGAGGGCCAGUCCUCGGCUCUGGCCGGUCAGCCCGUGUCAGACAAAGACGCGUUCACGCUGGUGGGCAAAGCUGUCCUAAAAAAUCAAAGCAAAGUGACGUUCGGCCACAGAGGCUUCAAGCCAAGGCCUCCCUUCCACCAGAUGGAAAACGUCCUCUCCUAUCCCGGCUCCGCAUCCCAAGACCUGUGGAACAAAGGGCCCGCCUCGCUCAGCAACGUGUCACACUUAAAGCUCUGCAUCACGCAC